AGGAAUAGAGGACAGACGCGGUCUAGACUUACGAACCCUCUUUCUUUCUUUGUCCCAACUUCCUAACAGAAGAAUGCGUCGAGUCACUCAACAACUUUGACGUCGUUGAAAUACUUGUACCACAUUCUUUACGACUUUUUUUUCCUUUUUUUCUCCCAACCCGGCAAAAUGUUUUGACAAACGUUUUUAAAGUUUUUUUUUUAAAGACGACAUAGCCACUUUGGAACAGUUCCUAAUCUGCCAUUUGAGGGAGAAACCAUGUCGCUGCCGGCUGGGCUGCUAGUGAUGGCGGCGCUGCUGGGCUGCAGCACGCAAACCGGGACCGACCGACACAUCGAUCCUGAGUCAUGGCUGCAACAAUACGGCUACCUUCCCCCGGGGGAUAUGCGGACCCACAGCCUGCGCUCGCCGCAUUCCGUGCCCUCGGCCAUCGCCGCCAUGCAGAAGUUCUACGGCCUGCAGGUCACCGGCUCCUUCGACACCAACACCAUCGAGGCCAUGCAGAGGCCACGCUGUGGCGUGCCGGACAAGUUUGGCGCCGAGUUGAAGACCAACCUGAGGAGGAAGCGAUACGCCAUCCAGGGACUGAAGUGGAAAAAGAACGACAUCACUUUUUCGAUACAGAACUACUCCCCGAGGGUAGGCGAGUACGAGACCCACGAGGCCAUCAGGAAGGCGUUCAAGGUGUGGGAGCGCGUGACCCCGCUGCACUUCCGGGAGAUCCCCUACAGCUACAUCCGGGACAAGGUGGAGGAGUUUGCCGACAUCAUGAUCUUCUUCGCCGAGGGUUUCCACGGCGACAGCAGCCCGUUUGACGGCGAGGGAGGCUUCCUGGCGCACGCCUACUUCCCCGGCGACGGCAUCGGGGGCGACACGCACUUUGACGCGGCGGAGCCCUGGACCAUCGGGAACCGGGAUCUGAUGGGUAAUGACAUCUUCCUGGUUUCGGUGCAUGAGCUGGGCCACGCUCUGGGUUUGGAGCACUCCAGUGACCCCUCCGCCAUCAUGGCUCCCUUCUACCAGUGGAUGGACACUGACAACUUCAUACUUCCCGACGACGACCUCAGAGGCGUGCAACAACUUUACGGUGCCGGAUCAGGACCACAGCCUCCGUUCGCGACACCAGGUACGCCCACAGAAACAAGUCCGGGCUACCCACCAGACAAACCUCGUUUCGGGCCCAACAUCUGCGACGGACACUUCGACACCAUCGGCAUCCUCCGAGGAGAAAUGUUUGUGUUCAAGGACAAGUGGUUCUGGCGGGUGAAUAACAACCAAGUGAUGGAUGGAUACCCCAUGCCCAUUGGCCACUUCUGGAGGGGGCUGCCUUCUCACGUCAACUCUGCCUUCGAGAGGGAGGACGGCAAAUUUGCCUUCUUUAAAGGUGACAAGUACUGGGUGUUCACCGAGUCGGUUCUGGACCAUGGUUACCCCAAGAGUCUCAGGGAAAUGGGGACCGGCCUGCCCAAAGAUCGUAUCGACGCCGCGCUUUACUACACGCCCACCGGACAGACCUUCUUCUUCCGAGCUAGCAAGUAUUACCGUUUCAACGAAGCGAUGCGUAGCGUCGACGAUGGCUAUCCAAGGCCGGUGAACGUCUGGCAAGGAGUCCCCGACAACAUCAAGUCAGCUUUCAUGAGCAAAGAUCAAGCCUACACCUACUUCUACAAGGCCAACAAAUACUGGAAGUUCAACAACCAGAUGAUGCGCGUGGAGCCCGGGUACCCCAAGUCGGCGCUGCGGGACUGGUUCGGAUGUCCCAACGAGGACCCCAAGACGGACGGGGGCAGGGGCGGCGGCGGCGGCGGCCACGACACGGACAAGGAGAAGGACCACAACGACGAAGACAAGGACAGAACCAGGGACCGGGAGACCGACCGGGAGACCGACCGGGAGACCGACCGGGAGCGCGAGAGAGAGACGGAGACGGAGGCGGAGCCGAAGGACGAGGGGGACACGGAGGUCAUCAUCAUCGAAGUGGACGAGGAAGGGCGCUUGGGAAGCGGCGCGGGGGCGGCGGCGGUGGUCCUGCCCUUGUUCCUGCUGGUCUGCGUGGUCGCCACGCUGGGGGCCCUGCUCUUCCUGCGGCGCUACGGCACUCCGCGUCGACUCCUCUACUGCCAACGCUCCCUGCUGGACAAAGUGUAGGACGGAAGGACGCAAGAAAGGAAGGAAGGAAGGAAGGAAGGAAGGAAGGAAGGAAGGAAGGAAGGAAGGAAGGACGGAAGGACGGACGGGGACUGAAGGAGAAGCAAGUGGAGGAUGGCGUUCUUGCAAAUGUGAGGGAAAGUGAAACCACUGCAAGUUUCUUUUUUGCUCUGUCACUCGACCACUUCCACCAUUGGUUCUCUGUCCAGCUCACACUUUGUUUGCACACGCACACACACACACACACACACGCACACACACAUACACACAUUUAUGUAGUUCAUACCUUCUUGAGACCUGAGAAAAAUGCCUACCUCUUUCGGACCAGACUUUCUAGAUAUAUAAAGAUUUGUAUUUACAACAUCAAUAACAUAUACAUACUAUGCAAAUAUAAAAAAGCUUGUUGUGAAAAAUGAGUUGGAAUUUCACAAGAAAAAGGUAACAAUUUCACAAGAAAAACUAAGAAUUUUGGCAUUUUAAGCCUUUUUUAAAAGCAUCCACAGUCUGUGGUGCCCUCAGGUGGUCAGGGAGAGCGUUCCACAGACUGGUUAGAAGAAAAACUGAACAUUUGUGCAAUAUUACGAUAAAAGUUGGAAUUUGACUCAAUAACAGUCGCAGUUUUACAAGAAAAACUCAACAUUUUGGCAAUUUUAUGAAAAGGGUCGACAAAAGUCACAAUUUUUAUAAGAAAACUUGAAAAUGUUGGCAAUAUUAUAACAAUAACAUUAAUAAUAUAUACAAAUUAUGCAAAUAUAAAACAAGCUUGUUGUAAAAAAAUUACUUGGAAUUUCACAAGAAAAACUUUUUGGCAGUGUUUUCAUAAAAGUCGUCAUUUUACUCGACGCGAGUCCAAAAUUUUACAAGAAAAACUGAACAUUUGUGCAAUAUUAUGAUAAAAGUUGGAAUUUUACUCAAUAAAAGUCACAGUUUUACAAGAAAAGCUUAACAUUUUGGCAAUUUUAUGAAAAGGGUCGACAAAAGUCACAAUUUUUAUAAGAAAACUUGAACAUUUUGGCAGUAUUAUAACAAUAAUCGUAAUUUUACUUGGCAAAAUUAUUAUAUAAGUCCUGAUUUUACUCCAAAAAUGUCACUGUUUUACAAGAACAACCAAGACUAGUAUUUACAACAUUAAUAAUAUACACAAACUAGGGGCAAAUAUAAAAAAGCUUGUUGUGUAAAAUGAGUUGGAAUUUCACAAGAAAAAGGUCACAAUUUGACAAGAAAAACUUUGAAUUUUGGCAGUGUUAUAAUAAAAGUCGUCAUUUUACUUGACGCGAGUCCAAAUUUUACAAGACAAACUGAACAUUUGUGCAAUAUUACGAUAAAAGUUGUAAUUUGACUCAAUAACAGUCGAAGUUUUACAAGAAAAGCUUAACAUUUUGGCAAUUUUAUGAAAAGGGUCGUCAAUUUGCGCGACAAAAGUCACAAUUUUUAUGAGAAAACGUGAAAUUUUUGGCGAUAUUAUAACAAUAAUCGUAAUUUUACUUGGCGAAAUUAUUAUUACAUAAGUCCUGAUUUUACUCCAAAAAUGUCGCUGUUUUACAAGAACAACCAAGAUUAGUAUUUACAACAUUAAUAAUGUACACAAACUAUGCAAAUAUAAAAAAAAGCUGGUUGUGAAAAAUGAGUUGGAAUUUCACAAGAAAAAGGUCACAAUUUCACAAGAAAAACUUUGAAUUUUGGCAGUGUUAUGAUAAAAGUCGUCAUUUUACUCCACGAGAGUCCAAAUUUUACAAUAAAAACUGAACAUUUGUGCGAUAUUAUGAUAAAAGGUGGAAUUUUACUCAAUAAAAGUCGCAGUUUUACAAGAAAAGCUUAACAUUUUGGCAAUUUUAUGAAAAAGGUCGAUAAAAGUCACAAUUUUUAUAAGAAAAAUUGAAAAUUUUGGCAAUAUUAUAACAAUAAUCAUAAUUUUACUUGGCAAAAUUAUUAUAUAAGUGCUAAUUUUACUCCAAAAAUGUCACUGUUUAACAAGAACAACCAAAAAAAAGUUGGCAAUAUUGUGAUAAAAGUCUGAAUUUUAUAUGACAAAUGUCACUAUUUUGCAUUAAAAAGUAAUACUUUUACAUUUUAAAAAAAAGUAAUAAUUUUACCAGAAAUAUUGCCGUGUUACAAAAACAGAAAAAAAUAUGAGAAAUUGUCCCCAAUUUUUGGGGGGACAAUUGUGAGAAAAAGACUGCGUUUAGUAAAAAAAUAUAUAUAUAUAUUUUAUUGUUUGUAAUUGUUUUUUAAUCUUCGUUAUUUACGUCAAGUUAUUACAGUAUGUCUCUAUAUACAUAUUUAUUUGUAUUUUUUUUUAAUCAAUUUUGGCCAAAGGGGGCGCAUUUCAAUUUCUUACACACACUUGUUAUUUCAUAUGUUGACCAGAGGGGGAGCACUUUUAAAAGCGACACACAGUCAAUUUGAAAAAUCCCUCCUUUUUGGGACCACCCUCAUUUUGAUAGAUUUCACCACCAGGGUCUCCAUUUUUUGUAAUGUGCUUUAGGCCGAUGACAAAGGAGUUAGGGACCACAGAUGGCCCCUGUGCCGCACUUUGGCCAACCCAGCUGUAGAAGCUAACUGUUAAUGGCCAUUAUAGUCUUAGUACCGUAGUGUAUGUGUUCAUCCUAUGGUCACAUAAGGGACGUUUACUUUUGUACGCACAUAAAUCAACAAAUAAUCCUGACUUUGGAGCAAUGUUCACGGACUCUAGUAUUCGGCUCUGUAUUAGAUGCAAUGGUUUUCUGUAUUGGGACCUAGGUUUAUGUCCUAACUUGUUCGGCGGUCUUCAGUAGUGUAUUUGUUCAUCCUAUGGUCACAUAUGGGACGUUUACUUUUGUAUGCACAUUAAAUCAACAAAAAAUCCUGACUUUGGAGCAAUGUUCACGGACUCUAGUAUGCGGCUUUCUAUUAGAUGCAAUGGUUUUCCGUAUUGGGACCAUGAUUUAUGUCCUAACUUGUUCACCGGGCCUCAGUAGUGUAUUUGUUCAUCCUAUGGUCACAUAUGGGACGUUUACUUUUGUACGCACAUAAAUCAACAAAUAAUCCUGACUUUGGAGCAAUGUUCACGGACUCUAGUAUUCGGCUCUCUAUUAGAUGCAAUGGUUUUCCGUAUUGGGACCAUGAUUUAUGUCCUAACUUGUUCACCGGUCCUCAGUAGUGUAUUUGUUCAUCCUAUGGUCACAUAUGGGACGUUUACUUUCCUAUGCACAUUAAAUCAACCAAAAAUCAUAACUUUAGAGCAAUGUUCACGGACUGUAGUAUUCGGCUCCCUAUUAGAUGCAAUGGUUGUCCGUAUUGGGACCAUGACUUAUGUCCUAACUUGUUCACCGGUCCUCAGUAGUGUAUUUGUUCAUCCUAUGGUCACAUAUGGGACGUUUACUUUCCUAUGCACAUUAAAUCAACCAAAAAUCAUAACUUUGGAGCAAUGUUCACGAACUCUAGUAUUCGGCUCUGUAUUAGAUGCAAUGGUUUUCCGUAUUGGGACCAUGGUUUAUGUUCUAACUUGUUCACCGGUCCUCAGUAGUGUAUUUAUUCAUCCUAUGGUCACAUAUGGGACGUUUACUUUUGUACGCACAUAAAUCAACAAAAAAUCCUGACUUUGGAGCAAUGUUCACGGACUCUAGUAUUCGGCUCUGUAUUAGAUGCAAUGGUUUUCCAUAUUGGGACCAUGGUUUAUGUCCUAACUUGUUCACCGGUCCUCAGUAGUGUAUUUGUUCAUCCUAUGGUCACAUAUGGGACGUUUACUUUCCUAUGCACAUUAAAUCAACCAAAAAUCAUAACUUUAGAGCAAUGUUCACGGACUCUAGUAUUCGGCUCUGUAUUAGAUGCAAUGGUUUUCCGUAUUGGGACCAUGGUUUACGUCCUAACUUGUUCGACGGUCCUCAGUAGUGUAUUUGUUCAUCCUAUGGUCACAUAUGGGACGUUAACUUUUGUAUGCACAGUAAAUCAACAAAAAAAUCCUAACUUUGGAGCAAUGUUCACGGACUCUAGUAUUCGGUUCUAUAUUAGAUGCAAUGAUUUUCCGUAUUGGGACCAUGGUUUACGUUCUCACUCGGUCACCGGUCCUCAGUAGUGUAUUUGUUCAUCCUAUGGUCACAUACGGCACGCGGGUUGUCUUACGUCAGCACCGGAAGUCGUAAAAUCAGCCGUUCACCUGGCGGGUUUUUCCGGGCAUGAAUAGGGAAGUCCUUCUUUAGCUUGUUUUAUCACACAUUGCUGCCUUUGCACCUGUCAGUUUACUUUUGUAUACACAUUAAACUAAAAAAAAAAAAUCCUGACUUUGGAGCAAUGUUCACGGACUCUAGUAUUCGGCUCUCUAUUAGAAGCAAUGGUUUUCUGUAUUGGGACCAUGAUUUAUGUCCUAACUUAUGGAAGGUAAUUUUCCUUGUUGAUGUCUCAAGAAGGGUAAAAAUACAAGAACACACACACACACACGCACACACACACACACACGCACACACACACUUGUGUUUUUUAACCUCCCAGUAGAACGAGCCAGUGUGAAGCGUAAAAAAAAAAGGGCAAGAAACAUCAUAAACUGUGUUGUUGUUGUUGUUUUCAUAUCAGCGAUGAUGUUGUCAUUAUUAUCAUUAUGACUCUUGUUGUUAUUGUGUGUCACAAUGUGUUGUUUUUGUGCCAUUAAAACGUCCUGCUGGACAGCGACAUUCGCUUUUGAAAGUGGCCUAAUUUUAUAUGUGGGAAUAGUGAAUUAUUUUGUGUUCUUGACUGCUUGGAAAAUAAAUCAGUGAUCUGAAACAUGAUUUUUGUCAUUGUACCAUUUUUUUGAAUUUUUUGUAAUUUUUUUGUAAUUUUUUAUUUUUGGACGCUACGGUGCUAACUCGACCAAUCAGGGUUCCUCACAGCAGCGAUGACGAUACUAGUGAUGAUUGUAAUAAUGAUAACAAGGAUUCUCCAUUGUGCCUCUGUUCUUAUUUACGGUGUUUCUGGAAACUGCCUUCAAAAUAAAAGACAUUUCGAAAGGA